UAGAUAGAUAGAUAGAUUGAUAGAUUGAUUGAUUGAUUAUGGGUUGAAGCACUGAAUCUGUAUCUGAGAACUCUUGUGUUAUUUUGUCCCUUGCAGAUUUCUGCUCUCCUUCUCUCACACUCACUCAUCAAACUCUUCCUCAUCACACACUUCACACAUACUCGUCACACUUCACACACUCCUCAUAACAUACUCCUGAUCACACACCCCUCACACUCUUCCUCAUCACACACUCACCCACCGUGUGUCAGGAUGAAGCUCCUCGCUCUGGUGCUCCUGCUCUCCUCUUUCUCCUCACUGAUCCUGAUGGAGGUUGUUAAUUCUUUUAAUGAGUCAUGUAGUGACUUCUUCAUCCAGAAUGAAAAUGACAUCAUCAUCCCCACUAUUUUCCCUGGAUGUCAGUAUAAGACGAUUUGUCAGCGCUGGGAAAACAAAUACAGGUUUGCCACCGUGUACGACACUGUGAGGAGGAUCCCUGUUUACUCGGCUUACACAUUCUUACAGGCAGGAAAGACUGUCCGCAGAGAUGAGUGGAAAAUUGAGCCUCAGCUGGAAAAUAUUGAAGAAUAUAGAAACUUGACAGAGAUGAUUGUAUCCCCGAGAGAAGCAGGACAGAUAUUUAACCAGGCUGUGUACUCUGAUUAUACAGGUACAGGGUUUACUAGAGGUCACGUGUUUCCACGUAUGUUUGCUGCUGAUCAGGAUCAAGCAGAUUCCACCUUCACUUUAACUAACGUAGCUCCACAAACACAGGGCAGCAACCAAAAAUGGGCCGAUCAAGUGGAGAAAGCGAUGCUUAAUGAAAUAAAACAAGACUGCAACCUCGACCAAAAUCACCGGGCGUACAUUGUGACCGGGGUCGUCCCAGGGAAGAACUGGAUAUCCAUAACAGGAGACGGAGAACAAUAUGAGGAAGGAAUUAACAUUCCCAGUCAUUUUUGGAGCGCUUACUGUUGUACCAAUAACAAACGACAACUCGUAGCAGGGGCCUACAUCACUAAGCAGGAGAGCUUUAAUCUCAGACGCCCCAACAUUCACCACCUGAAUACUGAGCUCACUAAACUGUAUAAUAAGAAGAUACGUUUUAAUGUGUUUCCAGGAAUAGACUGUAAAAAACGUAAAAAAUAAAGCUGAUUAGAUCUUAUGCAGCAAAAAACAUUGAAUAUUCUCUAUUAUCAAAAAAAUUAUUAUUUUUAAAUGUAGUAAUUUGAGACCUUUAUUUACGUCUGCUUUCACACUCAGCCAGCGCACGUCACAGAGAACUGUACAGGAAGUCGACAUCUAGAUUACUGACAAUAACAUAUCAGUUCUAGUGAGGAAGCUAGGCUAGUGCGUUAUUAUGGUUAGUUAUGUGUGUGUGUGUGUGUGUGUGUGUGUGUGUGCGUGUGCGUGUGCGUGUGCGCGUGCGCGUGCGCGUGUGUGUGUGUGUGUGUGUGUGUCUGUCUGUCUGUCUGUCUGUCUGUCUGUCUGUCUGUUAGUAUCAGCAACUUUCCUGUUAGAAACGUGUCAAAGCAGCGUAACAAUAUAUCACUUUGUUGAGCUUCUUUUUCUUUUUCUCUUUUGUGCAAAAUAAUCUUAAAAAUAAUAAAAGGCUGGUUAGUUUGAUUCUCUUGCAAUUAAAGCCUCUUAUAAAUUAUGUGCAAAUAUUAUGUUAAAAACCUGAAGUACAUUUAUCUCUGUUAAUUCUCCUGCAGAUCUUUAAUAAAACUUCACUAUUUGCUGCG